AUGACGGCUGGCCAUGACGAUCCGUCAAUAGCCAAUGCGACUUCCUUGGAUGCUUCAACAGCGAACGCGCUCCCGUCUGUGCACUCGACUCAGCAACCACCUCUAGACGCUUCCUCGACCGAUGCGCCGGCUACUACAACGACAUCAAUCAAUGCUCCGAUAGACCAUGCCACUUUUCGACCCGCAAUAAACCCCUUCUCUCCAGCUACAGAGGAAAUCCUGAAACGUCUCCCGCAAAACUCGCUCUCUGCUGUUCAUGGUACGACAGAGUGGGAAGCUGCCAGGAAUGCCGUGCUGAAGAACAUGACUACUACAACUUCUCUUGACAAUCCAAAUGAAAACAGCACUGGUUUGAGAGUAAAAGAAGAGGACGUUGAUGUACAAAUGGAUGCUACUACGCCCGUGGUGAGAGGUGGUCGAGGAAGGAACCGCGGAGGACGUCCACGAGGUAGCAGAGGAAGAGGCAGAGGUAGGGGCGCUCUGACUGGAGACGCCACGACUCCUGCAUCAGCAGCAGCUACAGAUUCACCAACUUCAACGGGUAGAGGUCGUGGCCGUGGAAGAGGAGGCAGACCAAGAGGAAGAGGCGGAAGAGGCGGCAGGAAGCCAUUGGCAGAAGGCAUCAAGAUCCAUGAAGUCAGUUCAGACAGCGACGACGACGAUUUGGUCGACGAUGCCGAGUCUACUCCUCUGGCGACGACUUCUCGUUCUGGUCGAGCAAUCACAAAACCAACUACUUUCGUACCCGUCAUACCAUCUCCCACCUCUGGCGUUAAACGUAAGCGUCACUGGGGACGCAGGAACCCGGAAUUGGCAGUCUGCAAGGCUUGUCUCCGACCUCACAGUCCAGCCACCAACAUGAUAGUCUUUUGUGAUGGCUGCAACACUCCCUACCACCGCUACUGCCACUAUCCUCCAAUCAGCCAGGAGGUCGUGGAUGUUGCUGACAUGGAAUGGUACUGCUCAGAUUGUACCGUACGACCGCCGCCAGAGGUCGACAUUGGCUCCUUUGUCUCGGGAGGAGAGUUGACAGAAGAACAAAAACGUGAUGUCCUGACAUUACUCCCAACACACACGCUUGUCGACUUGUUACUACGAGCAGAUGGAUCACAUCCAGGACUGGCACUGUUCCCACCAGGAGCUUACCAAACACCAAUACCCAGCACACUUGAAGCCCUACUUGAUCCUCCCAAAUCUGCGGUCGAACCCUUACCACCAAAUCCACCAGAGCCUCGAUCGGACGACUCUGAACAAGCCUACUACCCUCUACCAGUCCGACCAGAUGAUGAUGUGGACGAAGGGUAUAACGAACUCGACAAUCCUACCGCAAACUAUCCAAGACCUGGUCAAGGAUUGGCAGCGUUACUUCCUCCCGAGGAAACACAUGUCGAUUGGCUGGUGGACGACAAUGAAGAAGUCUACAGCCAUUUUGUACCGGCUGAACGAGCUGGAGACAUGGAUGCGACCAUGGCAGGCGCUGGUGAGAUUUACGCCUGA